AUGUCUACCAAAAGUGCCGAACCCGAGUCGCGCGACAACUCGCCAGACCACUAUGAUACGACAGAGAAGCGCAUAAGCAAGAAGCGCAAGGUGCUUUCCUGCUAUGCGUGUCGCAGCCGUAAAAUGAAGUGCGAUCGUGUUUAUCCGGUCUGUAGCCGAUGCCAGAAGACUGGUAGGGCUGAUCAGUGUUCAUAUGAUCCACGACUGCUCGAAGAAGCACAAGUGCAGAUCGGUCAGCCACUGACUGGCGAUGCGAACAAUACCAUGUUUACAAUGCACGAUAACGGGGUCAACGAAGAUUUUGCCAAGGAAGGCUCGUCAGACGCUUUGUGCUGGAAGGUGAGGAUGCAGGAGCGCAGGAUCGAGAUGUUGGAGAAGAAGCUUGCAGCGACGUCUAGCAGCAACAAUCCGUCGCAACUGAAGGACUUACCCAUCAAAGAGCCUGAGAUGGUGGAAGAGAUGAUGUUCAGAGGGAAAGGGUUCAAGACACAGUUUCAUGGUACAACGAGCGUGAUGAGCAUGAUUUCACAGUACCGAGACCUGCAAGCAUUCACUCGCGAGACACUGGCGGUCGACAACUCCAUGUUGCGAAUCAAGAAGGACUUUAAGGGAUUCCGUGACCGAAGAAAGAUACUCAUGAAGGAGAAGAUCGCAAGAACAUACGGCACAGAUGAUGAGAUCUUUGCACUACUUCCACCAAAGCACGAGGUCGACAUCCAAGCAGCACUCUACUUUCGUACAUGGGAAACCACAUAUCGAAUCCUGCACGAGCCAACCUUCUGGCAAGAAUACAACAGCUUCUGGGCACGUCGGCCUAGUGAUGAUAAACAAGCUGGUUUCGCCGCCAUGCUAAUUCUCAUUGUUGCAACUACGAAAUGCUCGACAGUCAAGGACGAUGUGUUCGUUGGUGAUAGCACGUCAGACCGGGAUGCUGCAUCGAAUCUCAUCGAGACAUGCGAGCUGUGGCUCAACAGGCAACCACGAAAGCGCCUUACGCUCCCGUUCUUCCAGCUCCAGUGUCUGGCGCUGCUCGCCAAGAGGGUGAACUGUGUCAAGCUGAAGCAGGACUGGAUCACUGCAGGCGACGUUGUGCGCCUCGCUCUGGCAUCGGGGAUGCAUCGAGACCCUUCAUUACUGGCCACUGGACGGAUCUCCGAGUAUGAGAAGGAAAUGAAGAAGCGACUGUGGUACACCAUCACGGAGCUCGAGAUCCAGUCGUCAAUUGACAGCGGCCUGCAAUCAUCCUUGACUGGCCUGUACUUUGAUACACCGGCGCCAUCGAACCUCCCGGACGAGGCUUUCUCCCUUGAGACUAAGGAGAUGCCGGCCAGCAGACCUGGAGAAUACUUUACAGCGACCUCCUACCUCAACGCCGCCUUACGUUCCCUUCCUCUACGCAUUCAUCUUACGAAGCUGCUGAAUGAUCCAUCCAGCGAUAUGCAAUACAGCGAUGUGCUCCAUUAUGAUGAGCAGAUCACAUCUGUCCUUGCCGACUUCCCUUCUUGGACUGACUCCCGAGCCACAAUACCUUACGCUCUUCUCGGACUUCAGCUACGACAAUACCUCCUCGUUCUCCACAAACCUUAUGCGAAGAAAGCGUUCACGGAGAAGCGCUUUGCUUAUUCCUUCACAACCUCAGUAGAGGCGGCAAGUUCGAUCAUUGCCAUCCACGACGAUCUCGCUUCCCAAGGAAUACUCAUCCUGAAUCACUUCCGCAACGACAUCAUCCGCGUCGGCAUGACACUGUCCCAAAUCGCAGCCCUCAACUGUGCACGACACGGCGUGAAACCCACAGCACUCCCACCAAUGCGCGACCAUACCCAUUUCGCCGACCCAAACAUCCAUAUCGCCGACACGAACGCUCCACCUGUGACCAACAAGGGCGUUCCUUUCGCCAACAAAGGCGGCUUCGCGCCACCAAGCUGCCAGCUCUACCUUCCCGUCCUCCCGCGCGAGAUGCUCCCCCGCGCGCUCAUCAAGACCUCCAUCGAGAUCCUCGAGCGCACACUUCACCUCUUCGAGCGCAAAGUAAUGCGCCUCGGCACGGGGUACAUGGAAUACUGGCUCCUCAGCGCGGCCAUUGGCAUGCUGCCAGCCAUCAACCCGCCUCCGCGCCCCCACGUGUCGUCCAUUGCACAAAUCAGGACGAGUACCGAUGACAUGCACGAGCGCUGUAAAACGGCGCUUGACCGCUUCACAAGCCUGGCGUUCAGGGUAUUGGCGAUGCAGCAGGAUCCAAAGAACAGCCUGGCUGUGGGACUGAGGGAGAGCAUGAGCGGCAGCAGUCCGAGUGAUGUGCGGACGCCGAGUGGAGCAAGCGCGGCGAGCCCGAUGAGAGGAACGAUUUUGUCGAGUAGAGCGGCGGGGAGCUUUGGGAGUAAGGGAGUGGGUGCGUUUGCGAGUCACAGUAUGAUUGGGGAUGUGCCGUUCCCUGUCGCGGACGGAGGAACGGGUGGUAAAGGUGAGGAUAUGAUGGCGGCGUUUGAUCCGUUGGAGGACAUGGGCGUGGAUUUGAGUGGGUGGACGUUUCCUGAUUUCUGGACUUUUGAUCUGGCCGGGGACUUUUGA